UAUAAUUGUACCAUGGUAAAUUGCUUCCAAGAUAGGUACCAGAACUGACAAUUGUCUUCCGAAAGGCUUUUAUCUAUCGAAAGACUGUGGUGAGUUGAAAGACAGUUGCCAGAAUUAAAAGCACGACACUGUGAAUACCCUAAAUAAGAACAUGUAUUCGCAGCCUGUCUGGCAGCGCAAACUGGUGUACACAUAUGAAUCACCGUUAUUUUUUAAAUUUACUUGUGCAGUGAAGCAGCUAUAAGAAUUCGCUCAUUUGAAAUUCCACUUUAAUACAAAUAAUCAAAUUUCCUUCUUAUUCUUUGUGAAAUUUUAAAUUAAUAAGUGUUGUGAUUUAAAUUAUAAUAAAAACAAACGCAAAGUGAAAAUGAAUUCGUUAAUAUUAAUGAACUAUUUUGAAAAACAAGCAAAGAGCAGCCCCAAAUUGCAAGAGCUAAUGGCGCAAGCAGCGCAUUGCUUAUUGGUGAAGGAAGAGCUGCGCAGCUUAGAAAAUGAGCUCUCGGAGGAAACGCUAACCCUCACAAUGGAUAACUAUCAGCUGGAGUGUAUUGCAGAACAAUUAAAAUCACAAUAUCAACAACAUCGCGAAGAACAAGAAUGUAUGCGCCUAGUUAACAAGCAUACCGUAGAAUUUUUUGUUGUAGUACGAAAUUUCGAUUGGGAGGAGUACAUGCGUUGUAAGUUGGAAUUAUUACAAGUGCGAUGUCAAAAGGAAAUGCUCGAAAUGAACGAGGAGUAUGAGGCCGAACAACGGCGUAGAAACCAACUGGAGCAGCGAAAAAGCGUUCAAUUGACACGUGCGGCUCAAAGAGAAUUGGCAAAUAUGCAGGCGAAAAAAGAUUAUGCUAAAAAAGGCGCGGCUGAAAGCGAAGCCACUUUAUUAAAAGAGCUAAAAGAGUUGCGUCAGAAACGUAAUGAUUUCAUAGUUGCCUUAGUGACGAGAAGCAAGCAAAUAGCUGAUAGUAAAAAAGAGCUCGAAACCAUGAAAGCCGCUCAGAAAAAACACAUCAAAGAAUUGAACACACAAAAACAGGAGCUAAUUGCAAAACUGCAGAAACACGAAACGAAGCUUCCUGGUACUACCCCUAAUGAGGUAGUGUUGUGUCAGGAGCAAAAGCUGCCUAAAAUAAAUAACGCGCCAGCCACAAAAAAGCUUGAAGCAUUUUUCAACGCGGAAAAUGUCAGCAAUGCGACUAUAAGUGUGGAGCGCAAGGAGCCAACCUUCAUGGACCUUUUCAAAGAAUGGGAAGCAAAGAGGCAACUACAGUACCAGCAACUUCUAGCCACUAAUACAAAGGCAUUUUCCGAGAUUACACCAGCCGCCAAGAAUGAAGCGGCCACUACCUUGGCAACUACUCAUUCCAAACCGGCCAAUAACGGAGUCACAGAGACCAUGCCACGAUCCAUAUUGCGGCGUCCAAGUACCGAAGAUGACGAUAACGUUGACAUAGUUUCAAAGAAACGUGUACAUUUUGCGACGCCCGAAGUAGAGGACCGCGAGGAGGCAUUUGUGCCAGCAAAAGAUAUUGAGAAGGACAAGAGAUGUGGUGGAAAAGAGAGCAAAAAUGAUAAUAGUUCAACAUUUGUUAUGAAAGAGAGCAAUUUCUUUUAUAAUGGUAAUACGACUGAGAGUCAGACUUGGGAGUCCGAAAGUGGAAAAGAUGAUGAUACCUUUGUUAUUGAAGAGGAAAAUUUCUUCCAUGGCGACAUGGAUGAGAAAGUUGUUGACGAAGCGGGCAGGGAACAGCAAAACGGUACCAUUGCUUUCGGAGAAAGCAACUUCUUUGUCAAUGGUGAUACUGAGACAAUCGAAAUUUUAAGUACUCGUGAAGUAUUAGAAAACGAGCAACCGACAAGAGAAGAGGUAAGGCGACCACAGCCGAAAAAGCCAGAAUUCAUUAAAGCCAGCAAGCUGCUCAAGAAAGCCAAGUUGUUGGGCUUUCAAAAGAUUAAUAAAACUGCGUUGCCCGCCGUCGCCGACAAGCCAAAGAUUGAAAUACAAGAAUGUCGCAUUAUAAAGCCCGCAGGCACUAAAUUGCCGACUAAAUUACCCAUCGAACUUACACCAGAAUCAACACUAGCACAACGGUCCAUCAACCCACCGGAUGCCGCGAAUGCUGCGCAAAUGAAAACGGAUAAAGUUUUCAAAACACCAACACAGCCCACCAAGCGUAAGGCACGAAAAAUGCCCGAUUGUGAUACAUUCUUUAGAGAAUUUCUAAAGCAAUCAAAUGAGGGUAAUACAAAAUUCGCCGCCACUGUAGAUGAUAGGAAAGUAAAUGGCACAAAUGCGUCGUCAACCGCUGCUAACGCUAGUGUAGCCUUGCAAGCAAGUGAAGAACCCAAGCCGAAGCUAAAGAAAACCGAAUUGGAUUUUGAGCGCUUCUUUCACGACACGAUCAUGUGUUCCAAUGAGAGCAGCGUCGACUCGGCAACUGAAAUGCAAAUGCCACCAUCUAAGAACGGAAAAGAUAGUUUUCUACAGUUUGAUAUGAAUUUUGGUGAUGCAAAUCAGGCAUUACUUGGCGAGAGUCUUAAUGAUUUUUUUGGCCCACAGGCGGUUAAUAAUGGCGGAGAUGAUGAUGAUGAUGAUUCGUCAACAUUUGAUUUCGGUGGUGCGAAAAAUAGUGAAAUGGCUAAAAAGUUGUUGGUCAUAAUACUCUUGAAUAUAAUUAUGUUUUUAAUUUUUGUCAAUUUUGGGGUUAAACUGAAGUCAUUUUAA